ACCAAAAUAAAAUAAACAUUAAAUUAAAAGAGGUGACAGGUAAGAGAUUAUAGACAGGUGUAUAUAAUAUAAAAAAAUUAUAAAAAAAAAAGUUGUUCUUCUGUAACUCUCAGUCAUUGCCAGUCCAUACGCCAGUUUGGAUAUAUAAAUACACAUUUUUUUUUAUUUCUUUUUUCAAAUCUCAUUAAUAAUGCUGCCAAUAACACAUCUGGCAUAGCUUUCAUACAGCUUGUCACUGAGAUCUCUCUCAUCUCCUCACUUAUCUUAAAUUCCUUCUCACUCCAAUCUCUUCACAUUACUUUCAUCUUCUCUCACUUUUUUUUAAACUCGUCAAGAACAAUGCAAGACUCAAUUGGUAUUCCUGCAUGUUUUUCUUCUGCAAGUGAUGAUGAUCAUCAUCAUGGAGCUGUGACACGUUCAGGUAGAAGUGUUUACAUGUCAGUAUACAGAACAAAACUAGCUGAUCACUGCCGUUUGAUCACAAUCGCAUGGUGCAAAAACUUGUUGCUUCAUGGUCUAUCAGUAUCAGUGGAAACACCAGAAAGGGAAACAACUCAAUAUAGCUGCAAAGUUGAGCUGAAACCAUGGUACUUUUGGAGGAAACAAGGUUCAAAGCGGUUCGCGGUUGAUGGAAAACCUGUCGAUGUUUUUUGGGACCUCAAAGCUGCUAAAUUCAAUGGUGAAACAGAACCAACUUCAGAGUACUAUGUAGCAGUUGUUUGUGAUCAAGAGGUUGUGUUGCUUCUUGGCGAUCUAAAGAAAGAAGCAUACAAAAGAACUGGUUGUAGACCAUCACUUAUUGAUCCGAUUCUUGUUUCGAAAAAGGAACAUAUAUUUGGGAAGAGGAAGUUCUCUACUAAAGCUAAGUUUCAUGAGAAAGGUAGGUGUCAUGAGAUUUCUAUAAAGUGCAAGAAUAAGGUAAAUAAUAAUAAUGUUGGAGAUGGAGAUUCUGUAACGAGUGGGGUACAAGUUCAAGUUCAACCAGAGAUGGAGAUAAGAUUUGAUGGGCACUUGGCGAUUCAUGUGAAGCAUUUGCAAUGGAAAUUUAGAGGCAAUGAGUCAAUUCAUCUUAACAAAAUGAGAGUUGAGGUAUAUUGGGAUGUUCAUGAUUGGCUUUUUAGUCCUGGUUUAAAGCACGCUUUGUUCAUUUUUAAGCCUGUUUUUUCAUCUAAUUCUAUGUCACCACUGUCUAUAUUUUCACCACCUUUAUCAUCCUCAUCUUCAUCCACUCCCUUAUCAACUCAGACAAAGAGUAGUAGUACUUCUGAGUCAGUGGAGGGUCAUUGUGUCAGUGAGUCAUCAUCAGAGUUUUGCUUGUUUUUAUAUGCUUGGAAGGUUGAAUGAAAAGUAUGUAUCAUUCAUGAUAUGUCUCAGCCUAAAGUCACUUUCAAUCCAACCACACAGUUAUGUGUUUAAGUAACUGAUAAAGGCUUGUGGGGCCAAAAAAGCUGGGGUUGUAGAAACAAAUGUACAUAAUGGAGGGAAGAGAUUGUCACAAAGCACGUGCCCAACAAUAAUUCUCUGUCCAGAGGCAUCUGUGUCCAUAUCUAUCUACAUCUGUCAUCUACUCCGUUGGAAAAUACUACUCUUUUACUUUUUCUUGAUCUAGUCUUGAAAACUGAGUUAUAUUAUAUCAACCAGAGGUGUAUGUGUACGUUAUCUAAUUAUAUUUUAUAAUACAAUAGUGUAUACAUAUGACUAUAUAACAGAAAUUAUAUAUAAACAUUAGAUUACUGAACUGAAUGUCUGUAUUUGGCCACAUAAAGACUCAUGCAUGUGAAUGAGAGUUGGUGUCCCGGAAAGUGAGGACUAGUGUUUGGUGGUGACCAGUAAUGAUAUAGACAUCAGGAACACCAAAGCAAAAAUACAAAAGUCUUUUAUUCCCAUCGUUCUCUUUUAGUUAAUUAGUUUAUGAAUAUACUACUGUUAUGAUCUGGUAAAAUAUUGUUUGCUGCA